AGGGAGGAAUCUCGGAGGCGAAUCAUGCUACAUGAUUCGGAAACAAGUGUCAGCUCUAUAUCCGAAAAUUCUGCUCUUGUAUCUCGGGGGCCUGAUUCUGAGGAAGACAGGAGGAAGAAACCAUGGUGUGAACAUUGCAAGAAACCAUGGCAUACCAAAGAGACUUGCUGGGAAAUUCACGGGAAACCACAGAAUUGGAAGAAAGAAGGUUGGAAGAGAAGGAGCAGUAACGAUGGUCGUGCGUUCCAAGCAACAAAUGAAGAGCAAAUCAAGUCUGAUUUGGUUCCAUUCACAAAGGAACAGUUAGAGCACCUAUACAAAAUCCUUCAAUCUCCACAACCUUCUUCAAAUCCAUCUUGUUCUUUAGCCCAGAAAGGACUUGACCUCGGGGAGGACGAUUGGCAAUGCUAGAGAGAGUGGAGGACUCUAUUUCUUUGAAGAUGGAACAAGCUCAAGUAGACAAGUCCAGGGUAGUUGUUUUGAAUCUGUUACUCUUAGUAAGGAUGAUGACAUUAUGUUAUGGCAUUAUAAGCUAGGUCAUCCGAAUUUUCAAUAUUUAAAGUUCUUGUUCCCAAAGUUAUUUUUGAAUAAAAGUCCAUCUUCAUUUCAGUGUGAA